GGGCGCAGCGAAGGGGGGAGCGGGGGCCUCCGGAAGAGACCAGAGCUUCACAACUCAAGUCUAACUCCACUAAGGCUCAUGGAUUUGAAGAGAGUGUUGUCAUUCCCACCAUACCCUGGGGAUUACCUGCAUCCAGUGGUGUAUGCCUGCACUGCAGUCAUGCUGCUCUGUCUGCUUGUCUCCAUCAUGACCUAUAUUGUUCACCACAGUGUGAUCCGCAUCAGCAGGAAUGGCUGGCACACACUCCUCAACUUCCUCUUCCACACAGGACUAACAUUUGGAGUUUUUGCCGGGGGCAUCAAUCAGAUCAACCUACCUUUUGUGUGUCAGAUUGUCGGCAUUGUGCUCCACUAUGCUUCUUUGUCUACCAUGAUGUGGCUGACGUUUACUGCUAGGAACAUCUGUAAAGAUGUGUCCAAAGACCCACUUCGGGCCCAGAACAGGAAUGGGCUGGCCCAGACUCGCACCAAACCAACCAUCCUCAGAUUUUAUCUUGUUAGUGAUGGAAUCCCUCUCAUAAUUGUUGGAGUCACAGCAGCAUUUGGUAUGGAUAACUAUGGCAGCAGGGAUGAUGCUUUGUAUUGCUGGAUGGCAUGGGAACCAAGUCUGGGAGGUUUCUAUGCUCCCAUGACUCUUCUGGUCUUAGUCAUGUCUGUGUACCUCUUGUGCACCUACAUCCAGCUCAAAUGCCACCCAGAGAGGAAGUAUGAGCUGCAAAUUCUCAGUGAGGAGCGGCAGCAGUUGUCAUCCAGUGAUUCAAACCAUCACUACCACACAGACACUGGUGGAGCUUCUGGACCUGCUGGGGACUGCCCACCAUUUGCUACUGGUGUAUCAGUGCUGGCCAAUGAGCACUCAUUUAAAUCUCAGGUCCGGGCCACAGCCUUCACCCUCUUUCUGUUCCUGGCUACCUGGGCUUUCGGGGGAUUGGCAGUAUCACUGGGGCAUUUCCUGGAUAUGAUAUUCAGCUGCCUCUAUGGGGCUUUUUGUGUCACUCUGGGACUCUUUCUUCUCAUCCAACACUGUGCCAAACGCGAUGAUGUGUGGCAUAGCUGGUGGGCUUGUUGCCCCACUAAGUCCAAGACAGAGGACAGCAAUGGAGGUGGAAAGAGCCAGAGGCAGGGGCUCCAUCAGCCUCACUGCCACCUAAACUCCCCAUGCUCAGGCAAGCAGCCGCUGCUCUCUCCUCACCUUGUGCAGACUUCUUACCAUAAAAGGACGGCAUCUCCCCAGAGCCCCACACCCAACCACACAGGUCCAUGCUGUGUGGCUGUGAUGAGUCCUGUCACUACAACCCCCAUCUCACCUCUCACUGAGCCAAUGCCCUCACCACAUCAACAGUCACUUCCUGACGAACUUCCUUAUCCUGUUCUGCCCCUGCAGAGCUGCCUUACUGACAGAACAAAGUCACGCUCCUUCAACCGCCCACGCCCAUGCCUCCAGGACUACCGUUCUCACAUGGCUUCCACCAGUAUGGAUGGCAGUGUGCACAGCUCACACCUAGACAGCCCUCAUGCUGCACACCAUCUUGAAGGCUCACCACUGGUUUCCAACAGCCCACACCCAGACAUCCAGCUUCCCUGCCUCAGUCCUCACUUGGAUAAACAGCUGGUUUCCUGCCAGAGCUUACAACGCCAGACCUCCUGCCACAGUGUACAAGACAUAAUGACUUCCUGCCACAGCCAUGCACACAACAUGCAUGACAGCAUCAGUUCCUGUCACAGCCUCCUCCUGCCUUCUCAUGGGAUCCACGCCUGCCAGUGGCACAUGUACAGCUCAGCUGAUCAUUCUUCCACCACAAGCUGCUGUGAGAAACCCGAUCCCUUCACCUUGCAGUAUCAGCAAGAUGCUUAUAGCUGCAUGUCAAAGACAACAGACAAAGAAAGGGAUAAUCUCUGUGAAGAGGUGGAGCAGAAAGGUUUCCCCAGAAAUACUCUGCCUCGGCAGCACGCCACUGUCAGCCUACGAGGCGCCAUCAGCCGAAACAGGAGCCUGCAGGAGGAUGCCCUAUUUGGUUCAGACGCCACAAGAAACAUACGAACUGGCCCUUGGAGAAAUGAAACCACUGUAUAAUUUUCUUAUGCUUGUAUGUGUGAGACCUUACAGCAGCCCUGUAAUCAAAUUAUUCCGUAAGUGUUUGGGCCUCACUGCCUUCAACUUUGCCCUUAAAUUACAAGUUGAACUUUCAGUGGGGCCUUGUAUCUUGACAACAUUUCAGAACCCUUUAUA